AUGGCGCCUCCUACUAGCAAGCCGCAGGCCGGCGCGGCCGCCAAAGAGCAAAACGAAUACAUCCCGUCCUUCAUCAGCAAGCGCCCCUUCUACGCUGCGGAUGGAGACGACAACGACAACGACUACCUCAAGCAUCAGCGCAAAGAGGAAAAAGAAGAGAGCAAAGCAUGGUACGACCGAGGUCGCAAGGCAGGCCCUGCAGCGACUAAAUACCGUAAGGGCGCAUGCGAAAACUGCGGUGCCAUGACACACAAGGCAAAAGACUGCUUGAGCCGACCGAGGGCCAAGGGUGCCAAGUGGACAGGCAAGAAUAUCCAGGCAGACGAGGUCAUCCAGGAUGUCAAUCUCGGCUGGGACGCCAAACGCGACCGGUGGAAUGGCUACGAUGCCAGAGAGUACCGCAAGGUGGUUGAAGACUACCAGCAGAUGGAGGCGCUUCGGAAACAGGCCAAACGAUUAGCGAAACCCGAUGGCGAAGAUGACGACGACGAAGAACAAGAUGACGAGGGCGACAAAUACGCCGAGACAAACGACAUGAGCAAGCAUCAAAGCACGGCAACGCGCCAGCUUCGUAUCCGCGAGGACACGGCCAAGUACUUGCUCAAUCUUGAUCUUGAGUCAGCCAAAUACGACCCGAAAACGAGAACGCUGGUGGAUGGCGGCGCUAUGAAGGACAAGGCAUCGGAGCUAUUUGCCGAAGAGGGAUUCCAGCGCUCUUCUGGUGACGCCGGCGAGAUGGAGAAGGCACAGAGACUUGCGUGGGAGACGCAAGAAACUUCUGGCAACACAGCCCUGCAUCUGCAAGCCAACCCAACGGCGGGUGAAUUCUACCGCAAGAAAGCCGCUGAGGAGGCUGAGAAGAAGCGGUUGGAAAAGGAGAAAAUGCUGAUGGACAAGUAUGGCAGCGCGGACCAGAAGCCCUUGCCUGCGGCAUUGCGGAACAUGACUGUGACUGAGUCAGAAGUUUUUGUCGAGUAUGAUGAAACCGGGUUAAUCAAGGGGCAACCUAGGAAAAAGGUUAGUUCCAAGUACGCCGAAGAUGUCAUGGUCAACAAUCAUACCUCGGUUUGGGGAAGCUGGUGGUUCAACUUCAAGUGGGGCUUCGCGUGCUGCCACUCAACCGUGAAGAACAGCUAUUGCACUGGUGAGGAGGGCAAGCAAGCGUGGGAAGCCGCAGAGCGACAGAAGAUGGGUGUCGGGCUAAACGGGGCGCCGGAGGAGAACCGCGAAGAAGCGGAAAUAAAGAAUGAUAAUGAGAAGCAGCAAGAUGAGCCAAGCAAGACAGCAUCCAAGCGUACGCGAGAGGAAAUGAUGAAUGGGAUCACAGAGGCAGAGAUGGACGAGUAUCGGAAGAAGAGAACGGCAACGCAUGACCCAAUGGCAAAACUCUUGGGGAAGGAUGAUGUGCUGGUCGAUAUGAAAUAG